UAUUGGCCGAGACCAGGAGGGCACGUCAUCUCCAUCAAUCAGGGACCGCUGGUUCUCCUCUGAGGAAUGUACCCACGCUCGUGCAGCCGCCUGACCACGCGUUACUGGAUGCACGAGAGGCCGGGCAUGAAGCGAGAGCCUGUCCAAUGAUUAUGCAGGAGGGGAGAGGUGAUAAUGACUUCCUAUCAAGAGUUAACGGCCGAAGGGGAGAGUAGCCCUCUGUUCACGGGCUGCUGCCGAGCCAAAGAGGUCAUAAACCUGGACCCAGACUGCAGGACUCAUCCUGAACUCUGUAGCAGUGACGAGGAGGGGAGACUGGAGGGGGAAGUUGCUUCAGGAUUUAACUCUCAGCUGCCCCGGUACUUAACUCUCUCAAACAGUUUGACUCUGUGCUCUUCUUUGGACAGCCCUCCUCCUCCUGGGACUCUCGAUGGUUUCUCGGCACCGGCCUGCCCCCAAUCGCCCCGUGUCCCCUGGCGGCGCAGGGCGCAGGGGCAGGGCUCUCCAGGACGCGGAUACUGCGCGUCAAACAGCAACGAGACGGGACAAAGCGGGUUUGGGUCACCCACAGAACAAAUUCAAAUCUUCUCCCACAAUGGCCCCGGGAUUCAGGUUGACGUGGGGAGUUCUGCAACUUUGGACUGCAACGUAGCUGCUGUGGAUGUAAACAGAAAAACUUUUGAGUGGAUGAGAGUGAAGAGGAGUCAGCACCGGGCGGCCAGAAUGCACAUGACCUGUGGGUUCAGUGUCGUUGGGUCGGGCUUCGGUGCUAUGGAGGCAGCAAACGGCAACCUCUCCUCCUCGGAUGUCCAUCCUUCGCUGAACGGGACCCCGAGGACCAGCUUCAGCACCAGGCAGCUGACCGAGCUGGAGAAGGAGUUCCACUUCAAUAAGUACCUGACACGGGCCAGGCGCGUGGAGGUGGCCGGCGCCCUGCAGCUGAGCGAGACGCAGGUGAAAGUUUGGUUUCAGAACAGACGCAUGAAGCAGAAGAAAUUACAGAGGGACGGACUGGUCUUAGAGCCGGGGCCCGCGGCUUCAGCGCACUCUCACGCGGACACUGUGGACACCUGCCCCUAUCCUGGACCGACCUUUUCUCCCAAACACCUGGCCCUGAACUCCUGAGCCUGCAGAUGUUUUGAUUCCCGUUUGCAUCGGUUUCAAUCAGGCUUCACCUUUAUUUGUUUAACACGAUGGAUGGAUGCUUAUCGCGAGAGGCGCCAUGGCAAGUUUCUUCAUGCAAGAACGGGUCAAAACAAUUUGUCAUCGUGCCCGGCUUCAGACUGGCGCUCUGAUUUGAAUAUUAAAAUCAAGUCAUUCCAUCGCGCUCCAUAUCUACACAAUGUAAACGAAGAAACAAAAUGAUAUUAAUUGUCCAUAGAAACGGAGGUGGACUAUUUAUUUAUUUAUCUUGCACAUCUUUUUCAGGAAGUGGCUUUACUUGAAUAUAUUUAUUCUGCAGGGCACGUGCGCCCUGGUUUUGUUUAAAAUGACAAAAAUGA